AUGUUAGCCACUGUAACAAGUGAACAGAGAAGUGUUUAUGAUGAGAUACUAGAAGCAUUAAAUAAGAACAAAGGAGGUAUGUUCUUUGUUUAUGGUUCUGGAGGUACUGGUAAAACUUAUUUGUGGAGUCUAUUAGGAUCUGUUCUACGUUCCCAAGGUGAUGUUGUUCUCAAGGUUGCAUCGAGCGGGAUUGCUGCGUUGUUAUUAGAAGGAGGCCGAACUGCGCAUUCAAGAUUUGCAAUCCCUAUUGUGGUUAAUAAGUUUACCUUCUGUUCAAUCAAGAAGGAGUCGAAUCUUGCCGACCUGAUAAGGGUUGCUAAACUCAUUAUAUGGGACGAGGCGUGGAUGAUGAGUAAAGACUGUUUCGAGACUCUAGAUAGAAUGAUGCGUGAUAUAUUAGAAGUUGAUAAGCCCUUUGGUGAUAAGGUCAUUGUUUUAGGAGGGGAUUAUAGGCAAAUAUUGCCAGUGAUUCCAAAUGCCGGGAAGACAGAGAUACUUAUGGCCACUUUGAAUUCGUCACCUCUGUGGCACAAAUGUAGAGUGUUGAGACUUACACAGAACAUGCGACUUAUAUCUGGAGAUAAUAGCCGUGCGAUGCUUGAACGAGCUGCCUUUACAAAGUGGAUCUUAGACAUUGGUGAUGGUACGAUAAAUGACGAUGGUAGUGGUGAAGCCGUGAUUGAUAUUCCUGAUGAUCUGUUGAUUAAAGACUGUAAAGAUCCUAUAAAAACGAUCGUCAAAGAAAUUUAUGGGAGUUCGUUUUCGAAAAAGACUGAUCCUAAAUUUUUCCAAGACCGUGCCAUACUGAGUCCAAGAAACGAUGAUGUAGAUACGAUAAAUGAUUAUAUGCUUUCAAAGUUAUCGGGUGUUGAAAGGACCUAUCUUAGCUGUGAUAGCAUUGAUACGACUGAAGAAGUUGUCAAUUACAAUGAUGCAUCUGAAGUACCCUCAGAGAGUGUAGCCAGUAAGAAUAAAGGUGAUUCCAACAACAUGAUUUAUACCGAGAAGUUUUUAAAUAGUAUCAAGAUGUCUAGUUUCCCUAAUCAUGUCCUGAAGUUGAGAGAGGGUACUCCUGUAAUGCUUCUAAGAAAUAUCGACCCUAAGAAUGGGUUGUGUAAUGGCACAAGACUCAUCAUUAUUAAGAUGACUAAUUAUGUUCUCCAGGCUCAGAUAAUAACAGGUAGCAAGGUUGGUGAAAAGGUACUGAUUCCUAGGAUAUUCCUCUCUCCUUCGGAGAUGAAACUUCCUUUCAGGAUGAGACGCAAGCAGUUUCCUAUCACAUUAGCUUUUGCAAUGACUAUAAACAAAAGCCAAGGACAGACACUCGAAAAGGUUGGUUUGUAUCUUCCAAGACCGGUUUUUACUCAUGGGCAACUCUAUGUCACUGUAUCGAGGGUUACAUCAAGAGAAGGUUUGAAGAUAUUGAUCACCGAUAAAGACAACAAACCACAAAACAAAACAUUGAAUGUCGUCUACAAGGAGGUUUUUGACAAGAUAUGA